AUGACCCGCCUCACAGACUUCAAACUCCUCUGCUUUGACGUCUACGGCACCCUCAUCGACUGGGAGACUGGCGUGCUCAACGGUUUGCAGCCCCUCCUCUCCGCCAACAAUGCCACUUUUACUCGUGAGAAACUCCUCACCGUCUACCACGAGUGCGAGGCCGCACAGCAGUCCAAGACUCCGGACAUGAAGUAUCAAGACCUCCUGGCCACCAUCCUCCCCCACGUCGCCGCGAAGCUGGGCCUCCAGGCACCCAGCGACGAGCAGUGCCAGCAGUUUGGCGCCACCGUCGGCCAGUGGCCUGCCUUCCCCGACAGCGUCGGCGCGCUGCAGAGGCUGGCACGGCACUACAAGCUCGUCGUGCUCUCCAACGUGGACGUUGAGUCGUUCCGCAAGAGCCUGGCAGGGCCCCUCGCAGGCGCACAUUUUGACACCAUCAUCACCGCGCAGGACGUUGGGAGCUACAAGCCCGACCAGCGUAAUUUUGAGCACAUGCUUCGCGUGGUCAGAGACAAAUUUAGUGUCACAAGGGAGCAGGUGCUACAGACGGCGCAAAGUCAAUUCCACGACCAUGAGCCCGCCAGGAAGCAGGGCAUCAAGUCAAGUUGGAUCUACCGUCCGGGCGCGGUCAUGGGCAACACGGGCGGUGAGAUUUACGAUUGGAAGUUUGCAACGCUGGGCGAGAUGGCGGAUGCCCUAGAGAAGGAGUUGGCUGGAUGA